GAUAAGUUAGAAGAAGGUACUGCAUUUCUCCUGCCAGUCACUGAUGAUGAAAAUACUAUGCCAGAAGAUGACCUAGCUAAAGUUGUGGCACAUAAAACUAAAAAGAGUAGAAAAAGAAUUAGAGCAAAAGCACCUUCUAGCUCACGUAAAAAGAGUAAAACUUCUGCUUCUGCACAAACACCUACAUCAAUCU